UGUCAAUGUACAAAAGUAUUUUUGGAAUAUUUUUUUCUUUUAUUCUUAUUAUGGUUACAUCUUUUUUGAUGCUUUUGGAUAAAGGACAGGUGCUGAAGAAAGAGAAACAAAAUAUUAAACACUAUGCAGAAAAAAGAGAUGACACUCGGUUUAUUAGCGUUAUUAUCAACAAUAUUUUGGGGUUUAGAGAGCUCUCCUCCUCCUUCUCCUUCUUCUGAUCAUUUCGAUGCCAUAGUUGCAAUAGAUGGAAGUGGAGAUUUCAAGACCAUAACAGAGGCAUUACAAGCAGCUCCUACUAACAGUGAAACGAGAUACAACAUCAAGAUCAAAGAGGGGACAUAUAAUGAAUCUGUUUUUGUUGAUAAACAUAAAACUAACAUUACAUUCAUUGGUGAAGGAGUGGACCGUACCAUCAUAACAGGAUCUAAAAGCAAUGGGACUGGCUUCCAAACAAGCGACACAGCUACAGCAGAUGUACAUGGCUAUGGAUUCAUAGCACAAGAUAUCACAUUCCAAAACACUGCUGGACCAUCUAUGCACCAAGCAGUUGCAGCGAGUAUUUCAGGUGACCACGUUACAUUCUACAGAUGCAAGUUCGAUGGGUAUCAAGAUACACCUUACACAAAAAAAGGUGUCCAAUAUUUCAGAGAUUGUGAUGUCUAUGGUACUGUAGACUUCAUAUUUGGUAAUGCGAAAGUCAUUUUUCAAAAUUGCAAUAUCUAUGCUAAAAGACCUGAAGAUAAUCAAAAUGAAGUGACAAUAACUGCCCAAGGAAGAAAACACAAAAACGAAGAUACUGCUAUCGUCCUUCAAGGUUGCACCAUAAACGUCAUGCAAGAUCUGCGCGAGCAUGAACCAAAGGUACGAGUCUUUCUUGGAAGGUCUUGGAAAAGUCACUCUCGAACAAUCAUCAUGUCAAGUUAUCUAGAUGACUUUAUCGAUCCUGAAGGUUGGGCUCAAUGGCAUGGAAAAAAAGAAGAUAUAUAUUUUGCUGAGUAUCAUAACACAGGGCCAGGAGCAAACACAAGUCUCAGAGUGAACUGGGAAAGAAAUAUUUCAAAGAAUGAAGCUUCUAACUUUACUGUUCGAAACUUUCUCCAUGGAUAUGAAUGGAUACCCACAGAAAUACCAAAUGCACUUGAUUUAGUUUAAAAGCAUCUCCUCUUUCCACUUAGACACAAUUAAAUGUCAAAAUUAGCAAGGUAUACAUGACCUCCAUCCCAAUGUACUUUUGUGUUAUUCCACACAGAGAAAUAAAAUACAGAGAAAAUUAUUCCUACACUUUCUUCUUGUAUUACA